UGUUCUAAAAAAAAACCUGGCAGGAACAUUUUGAAAAAUUGUAAACAUCAUCGCUUCACAUUGCUUGGCUGAAGAAAGGAAGACAUUGAUCGCGUUGUGUUGGCCUCGAAGCUUUGAAUUCAAAUCUUCCUUCAGCUUCUGCCUCCGUAUUUGGAUGCGUAUCGUCCCCAAUUCUUAACAGCAGUGAGGAGCUCGCGUGCUUCAACAAGUUGAUUGAUUUUGACGCUUGGGGACCGCAAUGGAAUUUGAUCUCUCCGAUAGCAGUGGAACAGAUGAUGAUCUUCCUCCUUCCCGUCAAAAUAGAUUUCAACGAUCAGAUCAUGCUGCUGGAAGUGGAAGAUCUGCAGUUGUUGGCUCUAGUCCAUUGCCUAGGAUGCAGAAUGACAUGGAAACACAAAUUCAUAACAUUGAACAAGAAGCAUACACCUCUGUCCUGCGGGCUUUUAAAGCUCAAUCUGAUGCAAUCACUUGGGAAAAAGAAAGUUUAAUUACAGAGCUUAGGAAGGAGCUAAGAGUAUCAGAUGAAGAACACAGAGAACUUCUAUCAAGAGUCAAUGCUGAAGACAUCAUCCGCAGGAUAAGGGAGUGGAGAAAGGGAAAUGGGCUCCAACCUGGCACAGUAAAUACUGCACAGCAAGUUCAUGAUCGCAAUACCAGCCCUACCAUUUCGGCAUCUCGUAAGAAACAAAAGACGUCACAAUCUGUGGCUUCAUUAUCCUUGGGUGCCCCAUCUCCAGCGGUUCAUCCAUCUAUGCAACCAUCAUCAUCUGCAUUGAAGCAUGGACCUCCAUCAGGAACAAAGACCAAAAAGCCAAAAUCAUUCCCUUGUGCAGGACAUAUUAGCCGAAGCCAGGUCACUAAUCAAGGGGAUUCUUCAGGUGCCUUUGCUGCAGAUGGGCCUGCUGAAGCAGCUUCUUAUGAUCCUUGGAUUGGAAGGAAAGUCUGGACACGGUGGCCUGCAGACAACCACUUUUAUGAAGCUGUUAUAACUGAUUAUAAUGCUGCUGAGGGACGACAUGCUUUGGUCUAUGAUAUGAAUUCAGCAAAUGAAACAUGGGAGUGGGUCAAUCUUAAAGAGAUAUCUCCAAAAGAUAUUCGUUGGGAGGGUGAAGAUCCUGGAAUACCUCGUAAAGGUGGCCAGCCUGGUCUAGGUAGAGGAUUGAAGAAGUCUAUGUCUCGUGGUGGUGUAGUUACUGGUGCUGGAAGAGGUAGGGGAAUGACAAAGGUUCAGCCUAAGAAAGAGUUCACUUCUUCACAAAAUGGAAGCAGGAAGAAACCUACAGAUGAUAUUGAGAUACUUCAUACAGAUACACUUAUCAAGGAGGUUGAAAAGGUUUUUAGUGCCAGUCAUCCUGAUCCCAUGGAAAUGGAGAAAGCAAAGAAAAUGCUAAGAGAACAUGAACAGGCUCUUGUCAAUGCCAUUGCCAGGCUCGGAGAUGUGUCUGAGGGUGAAAGUGCCAGAUGCAGAACCUCCCUUUCCACAUGGGCAAUCAAUGGAUCAGGAAAAACGCCGGAAUAAACACCAGUAAAAUCCAGGUUGUGUUAGUAUUCAAGGGUUCAAUUGGUGCUAAGUUACCAAGAAAAACCAGUGCUCCAUUUGAGCAUCCGCAAGAAGUUGGCAACAAAACAUUACUAUUGUAAGAUGCUAUGUUUAUUAUUGUAAUAUUGUGGGUUUCCUUUUUGUUUUAAUCUAUUAUGAGUAGUGCAGCGGGUAGGACUGGCUUCAAUCAUUCUAGAGGAACAUCAAAUAUGUAACAUGGAAAUUAUAAAUAAUGAAAAACAUGGUUCUU